AUGCCUCUGUUCGGAAAAUCUCAAAAGAGUCCGGCGGAGGUGGUAAAGGCCUUAAAGGAGGCAGUUAAUGCAUUGGAGCGUGGUGACAAGAAAGUAGAAAAGGCACAAGAGGAUGUCAGCAAAAAUCUUGUACACAUUAAAAAUAUGCUCUACGGAACUGCCGAGUCUGAGCCCCAAGCCGACAUCGUUGUGGCUCAGCUUGCGCAGGAAUUAUACAAUAGUAAUCUUCUGCUACUUCUCGUCCAGAAUCUCAAUCGAAUAGAUUUUGAAGGUAAGAAAGAUGUGGCUCAGGUGUUCAAUAAUAUUCUGCGAAGACAAAUCGGUACAAGAUCUCCUACAGUAGAGUACAUCUGUACCAAACCGGAAAUACUUUUUACAUUAAUGUCUGGGUAUGAGCAUCAAGAUAUUGCAUUGAACUGUGGAACCAUGUUGCGAGAAUGCGCCAGAUAUGAAGCACUUGCAAAAAUUAUGAUUUAUUCCGAUGAUUUUUAUAAUUUCUUUAGAUACGUCGAAGUUUCUACAUUCGACAUUGCUUCGGAUGCCUUCUCUACUUUUAAGGAACUGCUUACAAGGCACAAGAUACUCAGCGCUGAAUUUUUAGAAAUCAAUUACGAUAAAGUCUUCUCACAUUAUCAAAGGUUACUAAAUUCAGAGAAUUAUGUAACUCGUCGACAGAGCUUAAAAUUAUUGGGUGAGCUUCUCUUGGACAGACACAAUUUUACUGUCAUGACACGGUAUAUUUCAAAUCCAGAUAAUUUGAAAUUAAUGAUGAACAUGCUGAAAGAGAAGUCCCGUAAUAUACAGUUUGAGGCCUUCCAUGUAUUCAAGGUAUUCGUUGCCAAUCCAAACAAACCGAAACCUAUUUUGGAUAUUUUGCUUCGCAAUCAAGAGAAAUUAAUCGAAUUCCUGACGCGCUUCCAUACAGAUCGUUCAGAAGACGAACAGUUCAAUGAUGAAAAGGCUUACCUGAUCAAACAGAUUAAAGAGCUUAAGUCUGUAAAUGAGAAUUAAGUUGAAAUCAUCUUUACAUCUUUAUUUUCGAGUAGUUAUGUAAAUAAAAUUUACAUUCACGGUUUAUUAUUGUAAUAUACAGACGUGAGACAACAUUAUGUAUUCUGCUACCUAAUUCUAUUAAAUAAAAUUGGUUAUUUAGAUUCUUGGUACAGCGGCUACAAGAUGUUGCGUUGUAAUUUUUACUUGCGUGCUUCGGCCCAGUAUUCCAUCUACAUGUUACUUUCAAUUUCCACAUCCGCGUAGUGGAGAAAUACGUGAAAAGCUGAUAUAUUACUAUAAUCGAGAUAAAAUAUUUAACUCAUCAGAAAUUCUAUCGAAUCGCUUCAAUUUGACCGUGAAGAUGAGUGGAGUACCGAAUGCUGACCGCGUAUAUCACUUACUAGUAGUCGCUGUAUCUAGUUUUUUUUACACUUUCAGAUUAUCUUAUAUCCUGCAAGUGUAUUACUUAUAUCGAUAGGCAUUUUCUGCUUCGUUUUACGCUGAAAUUAAUGUAAUCCCAUGUAUAUGUAUAGAAUUGACUGUUAAAAAUGUAACGCCAAAACAAUAA